CGGAGGGGCGCGGAGGGGCUCGCAGCGGGAGCGCGGCGGCCGCCGCAGCCCUGCGCAGCCCCGGGGGCCGCCUCGGAGGGAAAGACCCCCCACGAUCCCCCCGAAACCGGCAGAGGAAGCGCCCAGCCAUAGAAAGCAAAUCCCAGAACUGCCUUCUGUCCCACCUUGGCCACAUGAAGGAGAGUGGUAGCAAGGCAACUUCCCUCCGGUCUCUCAUCCAAUAUGAAGCAGGACACUGAGGCUGAGCUGCAGGAGAGGUGUGAGGGCUCGCCAGCAGCAUGCCGCUGGUGAAGAGGAAUAUAGAGCCCCGGCACCUAUGCCGGGGGGCUCUUCCCGAGGGGGUGACGAGUGAGCUGGAAUGUGUCACCAACAGCACGCUGGCUGCCAUCAUCAAGCAGCUGGGCAGCCUCAGCAGGCACGCAGAGGACAUCUUCGGAGAGCUGUUCAAUGAAGCCAACAGCUUCUACAUGAGGAUGAACUCGCUGCAGGAGAGGGUGGACCUGCUGGUCAUCAAGGUGACGCAGCUGGACUCCACCGUGGAGGAAGUUUCGCUGCAGGACAUCAACAUGAGGAAAGCCUUCAAGAGCUCCACAGUGCAGAACCAGCAAGUCGUGUCUCGCAACUCCAUCCCCAACCCAGUGAUGGAGAUGUACCAGCGCUGCGACAAGCCCCCGCCGCUCAACAUCCUCACACCCUACAGGGAUGACAAAAAGGAUGGCCUCAAAUUCUACACUGACCCCUCCUACUUCUUCAACUUAUGGAAGGAGAAAAUGUUGCAGGCAACAGAAGAUAAGAGAAAGGAGAAGCGCAGGCAGAAGGAGCAGCGGCUGGUGGAGGACUCCACCCGGGAGGUGAAGAAAGUGAGGAAAGCCCGUAACCGGCGCCUGGAGUGGAACAUGAUGGCGUAUGAUAAAGAGUUCCGGCCCGAUAACAGGUUCUCACCAUCCCCCUAUCACAUGGCGUCAUCGGAAGGAUCACUGUCCCCAGAUAAUAGAUCUUACGCAUCGGACGCUGCGGACCACUCGUACCCGGCGAGCCCCAACCACCCAGCGCAGCUCCUGGCCCCAGCGUCCCACCAGGCCCCGGUGGAGCACAAGGAGGGGGUGCUGGUGGCUGUCCCCCCCCAGGAGCACGUCUACCGCCCGUCGGCAGGCAGCCGGCAGAACAGCCUCAACCGGCUCCAGCAGCCCCACGUGCUGCAGCCCCCCGAGGCCAUCCUCAACGGGCCGAGACCUCACCUAGUCAAGGAGUACGGCCCGCAGCCGGUGCCCAUGGCAGAGUACUUCGUGCCGCCCGCCCCGCCACCCCCACCGCCCGUCAUCCCCUCGGCACAGACCGCCUUCGACAGCCCCAUCUCAGCUCCCCCCGCCCUGGCUCCCGGCUCUGCUGGCCCCCCAUCCUACGCACCCUCACCCCCCCCUGCGCCCCCCGGGCCCUACUCCGCUUCCCCGCCGCAGGCCGGCCCCAUGGGACCCCCGGUGGCACCCCCACCACCGCCGCCGGGGCCCCCCGCUAUUUCCGCCUCACCGGCACACUCAGCAUCGCCGCCGGCUCCCACCGUGGAGCCUCGGAAGCCACAGAUCCCGCUGAUGCCCAUGAGCGAUGCCCGGAGCGACCUGCUGGCAGCCAUCCGCAGGGGAAUCCAACUCCGGAAAGUCCAGGAGCAAUGGGAACAAGAGGCCAAAAAAGAGCCGGUGGGCAACGACGUGGCGACGAUCCUGUCCCGCCGGAUCGCGGUGGAGUACAGCGAGUCCGACGACGACUCGGAGCUGGAUGAUAACGAGUGGUCAGACUGAGGGGCCCCGGGGCUGGGCGGGCUCGGAGCAUCCCAGCUCCGUACCAGGAGUGUGCAGGCACCUUCCCCAACCUCGAUGCCAACAAGUGCGGGCAGCCCCGCUCAUUCCGGAGCUUUGCUUUUACACUAUGUCAAAAACCCUUCGGGCAGCAGCAGCACUGGUAGGAUACACCUCGGAGGCAGUGAGACCCAUUAUUAGCAGCACCUUCACGUUUAAUGACUGCUCUGAAGGCAGGUUAGUAGGAUUACUCCAGGUUUACACCUGGAGCAAGACCAGAGACCAGCCCUGAGCAUGCUUUGCUAGAGAAGGGAAACCCAGAGGCAGUAGUGCUUUGUCAGCUAGACAUCAAAUGUGUUAAUGAGAAGCUCCUGGAGAAGAAGCCUGUUUGCAAAGCUGGUGCCACCAUGGGUGUGCAGGGAUGGCCAAGCACUGGGUUUGGGGAUGCUUUGCUGCCUGCUUUUGUAGGAUCUGACAGCUCCAAAGGCUGUGUGUGGGCAGGAGCCUCCUUCCCCAUAGAAUCAUAGAAUUACAGAAUCGUUUGGGCCGGAAGGGACCUUCAAAGCUCACCUAGUCCAAACCCCCUGCCAUGAGCAGGGACAUCUCCAACUAGAUCAGGUUGCCCAGAGCCACAUCCAGCCUGGCCUUGAAUGUCUCCAGGGAUGGCACAUCCACCACCUCUCUGGGCAACCUGUGCCAGUGUUUUAACCACAUUUCAUGUAGGAAUGGUCACCUUUGUGCUGUUGUUCCCUGGAGAAGACCAAGCCAUUGGUGACCUGAGCCUGUUUCCAUCCUUAGGACCAGUUUUCUGGGAGGAAAGGGUGAAGGCAAGGCUUGUGCAGCUGGCAGGGAGACACAGCAGUUGUCUAGGCUUGGAAAGGUGCAAUGUGUGCUGUCCUCGGGGGAAAAGGGGCUGCUGGCAAGGGAGCAGAGGUGUCCAGGGAGCUUCCCCAUGCCCGGCUCUCCUUGGCCUUAGGGCUGCACCAUUUCGGUAUUAUUUGGGAUAAAAAUAAAUAGACAAAAUGCUGCUUUUAGGUAAACUCUCAACUUGCACUUCGCAGCCCCAGAACCUGCACUUGUACAGUUGGGAUCAGCUUGGAUCCAGGCACUAAUUCCCGCCAGCCUGAUCCUGCCUUGUCCUUUACUUCACAGCUGGGCACUGAUGGGGGACCUUGGAGAGCUGGACCCCCAGCAUGGCACUGAAAAUACCACUUUGCUUGUCAAAAUAGAGCAUGAUUCAUUCAAGGCUUUUCACACAGCUGCGAAGAGGGGAGCCACGGGAAGGCAGAGCAAAGGGGUGGGGAAUACUGAACAUAUCACAGUCAGGAGUAAGAGCCUGCAGAGAACAGGGAGAGGUUCCCCACCAGCAGAAAAUGGGCCAGGACCAGCCAUGGACUUGCCCAACCUGGUGUCUCGAGGUUCUCUCUUGUGUUCCCAUAUACCACAAGUCCCUGAAUGGGGUUAAACAGAGCCUCCAUGUUGCAUCUCUUCUGGGGAGAAGCUGGGCUCUGAGUCCACCUCCCCGGCUCUCCCAGUAGCCAUGAGGGUGAUGGCUGUAAAAGUAGUAUUUUAACUAUCUAGAAGCAACCAGGCUGCUAAAGGAGGUGGGAGGAUAUGGCUGGGACACAAAAGGCUGCUCCUUAAAUUCACCCUGAGAAAUGCUAGUGUGAGUGAUGCUCCAAGCAUCAAGGGUUUGGGGAGGGGGGUGCCCUGCCAUGGAUCACAUCCCAGGUUUGGCCCCCCUUUCCUCAGGAAAAGCUCCCCUUGACUUCAUCAGGGCUGAUUGCUGGAACAGGAACUCCAAAUAAAAUCCUUGGAUUUAACACCAGAAUUCCCUAUCUCAGCAGCACUGAUGCCGUUUAAGCUGCUCAGGUGCUUUUCCUGCUCUGCCUGUCAAGGGAAGCCUCCCCCAGCAAGAGGAAGACCUGACAGUAUGGGAUUAGCUGUAGGGAUCAAUCCCAGUUCCCACAUCAGCCUGCCAGGAGGUUCCAUGCCUCCCAUUUCACUGAUCUCCCACUGCAUACAGGGCAGGCAGGGAGGAGCAGAGCAAUAGGACACAUGGAAUAGCUCAUCUAUUCCAAACCCAGGGAAAUAGGACUGACCAAGGCAGGGAGACAGUGUACUUCAGGUGACCAGGAAAUUCCUGAUGCUUGGCAUUCACCAAGACCUCUCAUUUCUGAUGUUGACCCUCUGAGAUGCAGAGAACUGGCUGCAAAAGCUUUUGGCCAAAGCCUGGCACCUCUGCCCAGGCACAGAGCUCCUGUGACAGGCUUUCCUUGGGAAGGCAGCUGGGAUUUGGCCUGGAGCAAGGUCAGAAGAAAGUCUUGUAAAAAUUCAGAGCAGCAUUUAAGCAGCCACCUGGUAGUAUUCAUUGUGGAGUGUUAUUAAUAUAGAUGCAAUCACAAUACUGUUUGUAUGAGAAGAGAAGUUGGAUUUAUUUGGAUAACUUAGGAAGAGCAAUAACCCUUUGUGAGAGAAGGAAUAGCAGAGGGCUGUUGGAGCUGCUAUUACCUGUUAUGGUGGUUGAAGGGCUACAGAGUUGGCUGCAGGGACUCAGCUAGGACUUGGACAGAGCCAAGGAGUCCCACCAGCCAAUGAAGGCAGGGAAUGGGCUCUGAGACAUACAGGACUGGCUCAUCCCUUGAGUCUGUGAUUGUCCCAGUUCCACAAAGCUGAGCUGAUCCUGAUGGAAACUGGAGAGGAGCCGAGUACCCCUAGGAGACUGCAUCCCUUCUUUCCAUGCACUAGUUGCUUUGUGUGUGCCACAUGAAACUGUGAUAAUUCUAGUAGGACUCCAUUGGUGUGUGGCAGGUCAGGAUUAUCCCUAUAGGCCCCCACUUCCCUGUCACCUCAUAGCAUCUUUGCUGUGCUUGGGAUUGGCAGCAGUCAGUCAAGCCAUGCUACUAUCAGGGUCGAUGCCGUUGCAUGGCAGAGCGCUUGACAAUCAUGUAACUCAAGCCUGCCUGUGUGCAGGUAGCAAGGCUCACUCCAUUUCCUCACAUCUUUGUGUUCUUACACCAUCCCCGGAUAUUCCAGCACAUCCUCACUGUUUGUAUCCCACUUAACGAAAGCCCCUGAUAGCAUGAGCCCAUUUCACACACAACUCCAAAGCAAGUCAGCAGGACCAUAACAUCCUGGCAUUGCCCAUUGCUUGAAGACAUCAUGAUCCAACUCUUCCAGGGAUCUGAUCUGCCUCAGCUCCACUGAACUGUCUUACUGCCAAGGGUUGGGGCUGAUUCACAGGUAGCCUCUCCCCAGUGAGAUGUCUACAUCAGAGCACAUUGGUCAGGUUUCUUGUGUAGCUGGUGGAGAAAUAACCCACAUAGUGAGUGCGGGCUGCAGACAUGUCUGAUCAUGGUGCACCUUGCUCUUCCCAGCUCUCUUCUAGCAGCACCACAAGGCAGGCAAGCACAUGGUGGCACUGAGAGCCCCAGUCUCGCAAUACAGCCAUUCCUGCAAGGUCAGCUCUACUGGCAAGCCAGAAUCCUCAGUGUCUUUGCCUGAGGGACUCAGCCACGUUUGAGGAUGACCAUCUUUAUUUUAGGUGCAUUCAUCUAUUUUUUGCCCAGGUGACCUAUGAAACCCAACACAAGGGACACAGACUCCUUGGUUGGUCUGGGUUAGCUCUGCUGGACCUGGUUGUGCCACAGUAAUUAACACUGGCUGGCUGACCCGUCUGCUGUGUACUCUAUUCUGUACGUAUGUGCCUAUUUCCAUAGACUCUUCCAAAAGUAGGCCAGGCUGCAUUACACAACCUGAAAGGCUCAAAUGCUCAUGUGGGCUGAUAUAUAAAAAUGAAUAUUUAAAUAUUUUAUCUAGCUUGGCAGCCAUUAAAAAUACAAUCCAGGUCGCAGAUGAUUGAAUUGCUCCUCUCUCAAGUGCACCAGAAUUGGGCUGAGGAGGUUCUCCUGUACAUUAAGGUAUCAUAUUCCACGUUAAAAUACAACAGUGGCAUUUCAUUGCCAACAGAUAAUCAGAGUGCCAAACAUUUAAUGAGCCCAACUGAUGUCCCAAGAGUUCUUCUUUCCAUUUUAUCUGCUUUCUCCUACUUGCCAAAUGAUAGGCAUAGAUUAACAGUAAUAAAUAUGAUUGCCAAGAGGGUGAAAUAUAUUUGUCUGCAUACAAAUUAAUUGGGCCAGAUUCAGCACAAGAAUAAAUAAGCCAGUUUGGUUCUGCUUAGAACACUAUAGUCCUUGAGGUCCCUCAGGAACCUCUUGGACAUCUCUAAUAUAGCUGAAAAAGAACAUUGUGGGACCACUGUGCCCAUGGUACACUAGUGGCUGCCUGUGAAGGCUACAUCAGGUGUGAAGCCUGGUCUUGAGCAAGUUUCAUGAAGGUUGGUGGAAGUCUAUCAGUGUUCACAUCCUGGCAUUGCACCCUCAGUGUCUUCUUGACUUUGAGUGAACAUUGGAGCUGGCUGCUGACACCGGUGGCUCUUAGAUUAUCCGUGUCCUGAAGAAAGAAGGGAUUGGAUAGUUUCUAACUUUCCAUCCUGGAUAGAGUCCUAGAAAGGAGCAGUCAUCUCAUCCAGUGAGAGCUGUUUUAUCUUGGGAAGGUUUUACUCUGGUGACAAACAUAAGGCUGAACAUGGCUUCCCCAGAGAGUUCCCUUCACAUAAGAGCCCUCAAAUUUCCUCCCAGUAACUUUUCCAUCUCUAUUUCAUUUCCAAGUCUCCUAAUAGCCUGAAUGGAAGCUUUGCAGACUCUGCUGGGAACAGAGCCUUAGUUAACACCUCAGCUUUAAUGAUAAGUGGAAGUUCCACUUGGAGGGAGGAAGGUUAUAGCACUGGAGGUGGUGUUUUGAGGGGUGUUUUCCAGAGGUGCAUGGCUGGCAGGAGUACCAUGCUGUUUCCUUCUGGAUGGACUGUGGGAAGUGCAGGAAGCACACUCCAUCAUGGCAUGCUGGCAAGGGCAAUACAGGCCCUUCCUUUCACCACGAUUCCUGUUCUCCUCUAGUAGUAGUAGUAGUAAUGUAGGGGUAAGGAUUUCUCAGCUCACAUGUCACUUUACAGAUUAAAAGGGCAAGGACUCUGUCCUGAGGAGUUUACAGUUUACAGCAAAGACCAUAUAACCUGCACUGCACUUUAGAAGCCUCAAAUGCUCACUCACCCAUGAAUUUACCCUCAACUCGGCAGCAGCACCUUGAGGACUGUUGUCCUCUCCUUUAGGUGACCCCACAGCGAGCACCACAUCCGCAUCCCCCCGCCAAUGGCAGCGGUGGGAUUCCCUACCCUUCCACUGUCCCCAUGCAAAAGUGCCUGAGCAAAGUACAGGAGUGCCAAGACAUGCUGGUUUUGUCUCUGAAGGGGUCACCAUGCCCUCAGGUUGCGCCUUUCCCAAUCCUCACAGCUCUGCUCCUCUGGGAUGACCAUACAAUGCCAUAGGAAACAUGCCCAGCCACACCAUUGCAGCUACCUGCCAACACGUGGAGCUGCCCAUGCAAUUGAUGUGAUGGCAUCUAAGCUCAUAGAAAGUGUCCUCCCUCCUUCAGGCACUUACACCCAAGCCUAGACUUUGAAGUAUUUCAAUCUUUUUGGGUCAAAGAGUUGUUUUAUGUGAAUCUGAUAUUCCUUUAACAAGCCCCAGUUUUUCUAGGACCACUGCCUCAAGCUCUGCUUUCUCCAGGUAAGAAUUGUGCCUGCAUUUAGCUGGGAAUUUUAAAAAACACAGUCAGAAACUUUGAGUGAGCCUUCAGUACCGUGCCCACAGGCAGUGUGGAAGGAGAACAACAGGAUGAUCCCAAAGGACACCACCCAAGAGUCAGCCAGGAUGCUUGUGUGCUCCCUUAGCUUUGUUGCCCCUUCUCUGGUGUUGGUGUUGACCCUCAAGUACAAUAAAGAUAAAAUGCACUUCAGAUUAAACACUUGAGACAGAAGGAUGUGAACUAACUGCAGAGAACCAGGCUGUGCAGCUAAUACUGCUGUUUCAACAGUUGGAAAGCAGCAGUUUCAGUAACCUGCUCCUCCAGACCAUUCAUGGCUCACAUACCGCAGCAUGUAAGCCAUGCUGGUACAUUAAGGUGAACAACUUAAGUCACCCCUUGAUUUGGGAUAGUUCAGCUGAGGAAUCCAAAACCAAACAACCCAUCCCCCAAACUAAACCAACCAAACAACUUACAUGUGAUGUCCAGAAGGAACAGUCUGUUCUAUCUCCUUACCCUGGACCUUGAGGGAAAGUCAGAGCCAGCCUCUCCUCCCAUCUAGCCACCAAAAAAUGGAGCAGUUGUCACCAUAAGCACUUCCUUUUGGAAGUGCAGCUCCUAAGAAAGCAGUGUUUAAAAACAGAGCAAGCAGCACAUCAGCCCACAAAUACAAGAAAGAGAUAGGUCUCCUGCCACCAUGGGAAGUACUUUUGUCCCUGGAGGACUCACCUCAGCUGAAGUGUUUCAAAUCCCAUUGAUUUUCACCUGUUACCGAUGCUUGUGUGUCCCUGAUGCCUCAGCUGGGAACGCUUAUUCCAUAGAAAGUAUCUUCUUGUGAAAAGAAAACCAACCAUAAGAAUCUUAUUAGAAACAAAGUGGACUUUGAGCCCCAUGAUGUUCCUGUGAUGCGGGUUGAGGAGUUGUUGAUGUCCCGCUGGCACGUCUUUGGCACAGUUCUGACAGGUCUCCAAAAAUCCUACUAUUAUGAGCAUCAACCACUACCAAAGUUAUUUUUAUACUGAGGUGUUUCAGGUCUACCUUUAGCUCUGGCCCAUUUCCCAUGAACGGGGCCUCUCUGUGGUGCCUUUCAUCUCAGAUCAGAGCAGACUAGAAAAAGGAAAGAAAAUCCCCACCAAAAAAAGAAGUCUUUUUCUCCAAAACGUAUUUUUAGGAGUGUUUCAGGGCUGAUGGCUCCUCGUCUUAACAGACUUAGUUCAUUUUGGGGCUGCUUGACUCACCUGCGGGAAUCUGGAACAGGAUAACCCCAGCAUGAGUUUGAGUUGAUGCUGAAGUGUUGCUGGCACUUCCCUCUGCUUUCAGCUGUGCUGUGUCACACAUGGGGCUCAGGUCCAGUGCUCCCCAGUCAGGACAGCAGUGGGGCCACGAUGGUGUGGCAGCUCCUGACUGACACAAGUGCCUUUCCUGGAGGUCCCCACUGCAUGGCCAAGGAACACGGGGCUUCACGGGGCUGGGGAAGGGCAGAGCAUUUCCAAGCACUGCUGAUGCUCAGCCUGUCCUCACCUGGGUGGAAACCUGGACCUGCCCAGACCCCGAGGUAUCCACUGGCAUUCCUCCUUCCUUGUGCAUGGGUUGUUACCCCACAGCUGCACAUGGGUAGUUUUGGGAGUAGCUUUUACUCCAAUCUUGGCCAACCCAAGGAAACCUGGCUCCAGCAACCACACGUCUCCAGGUGCAGAUGCACCUUUGGCAUGGGGACAGUCCCCAAGAGGACAUGGUGGGCAUGCAGGGAGGGGACAAACCCUGUCACCACAAAGGCUGGAGAGCCUUCCUCCUCCCAGGAGCCAUCUCGCUGCCAAGUUUCCAUCACCUUCAGAGUGAUGGAGCACAAGCCAGGCACUGCAGGAGUGUUAUUUUGGGGGACAUUGAAUGUGAGGAUCAUCUCCUGUGCCCUGCAGCCAACAGCCCAGGGAUCAAGGCUUGUCCAGGCUGGGCUGGGAGCACCUCAGGCACCCCAAACCUCCUCUGCAUUACCCAAACUCAGCAGCUAUGAACUAGGGAGACCUCACGGAGCACUGGGGCAACCACUCCUCCUAAACUAGAGCAUCAGUGAGCAGCCAGCUUGAGCUGAGCAUUUUAAAAGCAGUUUUCUCCCCUUUUGGCAAUGGUCAGUCACACAUACAGCCUGGAGCCAGGGCUGGGGCUGCCCUUUAUGGAGGUUGGCUCCAGCUCUGCAGGGGUGGGGACAGGGAGGUGCCAGCCCAGUGGCACCUUGUGGUUGGCUUCCCGGGAUGCUCAGCAUCAUUGGAGCUGCCCCAAUGCUCCUGCAAAAGGCUCAUAUUUUAAUACCAGGAGAAGUAUUAUCUAUAUUUCCUUUGACUUGCCAUUUGAUAAAAGCAGCUGACAGGAGAUGGGCAGCUCUCCCAAGGGAGGGUCACCCACCACAGGCCAUAACUUGGUUUCCAGUAUUAUAUAGUUGAAAUUAAAAAGGAAGGAGAUGUUCACUGUCUAAUGGGGUCUUUUAACCAUGUGCACUUAGUCAAUAGGUGAGUAGAUGUUGCUGCUUGUAUCUAUCUACCGUACCCAGUUGCUACGUGUGAACAAGUGUAUUUCUCCCCAGUGUUGUGGGUUCUGCCUGUCGUGACACGAUGAUGGAAAGGUAGGGACUACGUCAGUUGCAACACGAGUUUUCUUCUGUACAGUGUAGAGAGGAAACCUGGAUCGAUCCGAAGCACCGCUUGUAACUACAUUUGUUCAGACAAUGUCAUCUUAAUCCCAAACUGUUGACACUUUAUGCAUGUGCUGAUUAAAAAAAAUAUUAAAAAAAAUAUUAAAAAAUAAAGAUUUUAAGAGG